UUUAAAUAUUAUCAUGCCAAAAUCUCAUUCCUCAUCUUCUUCAGGUUCAUCCUCUUCAAGUGAAGAGAAGAAGAAAAUGAAAGACUUAAAUUAAAAAAAGUCAAAAAGUCAAAAGUCAAGAGAAAGAUCAAAAGAAAAAUCAAAAGAAAAAAAAACUAAAGAUAAACCAAAAGAAAAGAAAAUAAAAAAUCUUCUUCUUGUUUAAAAUAUUUCAAGAAAUGUCACCUAGGAUAUCUUACAUGAAAUCUUCUCAACUUAUGGAAAAUUAACUAAUGUAGAAAUGUAAUUUGAUGAAUAAAACAAUAUGCUUCCGCUUUUAUUUGCUUUUAUUACUUAUAAUGAUGAAGGCGAUGCUUCUUAAGCUACUUAAUAUAUGCAUAGAGCAAUUAUUGAUGGAAAAAAGAUAAAAUGUUAAAGUCUUGGAGUAGAUAGAUAAAAGUAAAUAAUUAUAUCAAAAAUAGAUAUUAUACAGAAAAGAUUAAAAAAGAAAGAUUAGAUAAACUAAGAUAAAGAGAAAUAAGAAAGGAAAAAGAUUUAAAAUAAAAGGAGGAACAUGCAAGAGCUAAGAUUAGAGAAGAUAAAUAAAAAAAUGAUAAUAAGGAUGUUGAAAAAGAUAAAGAAAAAGAAUUAUAAAAAAAAGAUUAAGAAUAAUCAUAAGAUUAAUAAAAAUAAAAAGAUAAAGAAAAAGAUAAAGAGAAGGAAAAAGAGAAAGAAAGAGAAAAAGAAAAAGAAAGAAAAGAAAAAGAGAGAGAAAAAGAAAGAGAAAAAGAAAAAGAGAGGGAAAGAGAAAGGGAAAGAGAGAGGGAAAGAGAAAGAGAAGAAAGAGAGAGGGAGAGAGAAAGGGAAAGAGAGAGAGAAAGAGAAAGAGAAAAAGAGAGGGAAAGAGAAAGAGAGAGAGAAAGAGAAAAAAGGGAGAAAGAAAAAGAAAGAGAAAGAGAGAAAGAAAGAGAGAAAUAAAAGCAAAAAGAAAAGCGAGAAAAAGAAAAAUAAGAAAGGAUUGAAAGAGAAAAAAAGAAGAAAUAACACUCCUCUAGAAGAAGAUCAUCAGAUAGACAUCAUAAAAGAUCAAGUUCAAGAAAAAGACAUUCAAAAAGAAGAUAUAGUAAAAGAUCAAAAACUCCUGUAAAAAUUAAUAACUAAUAUAAUAGAAAAGAAAAUAAAAUAGAAGAGAAAGUACUUCAAGUUCAUCAUCUGAUUCUUCAUCUUCUUCAUCUUCUAGUGGAAGUUCUAGUAGUAGCAGCAGCAGCGGAUCUUCUUCAUCUUCACAAUCAGAUGAUUAAAAAUAAACAAACUAAAACUAGAAAAAAACAUCUUCAAGUAGUUCUUCAAGUGAUUCAGAUAGUUCAUCAUGAUUAUUAUAUUAAUUAUAGUGUAA